UAAGAUUGCAAAAAGGCUUGACUUUGAGAGAACGACUUUGAUACUGGAUUUUAAGUUGAGGAGUAAACUAAAGCUGUGUUUUCCAUCCGGAAAUAAUGAUCUGCCAUUGCUUGAUCGUCCUGGUGAUAGCCUGCUCCGGUUCAUGUGCACGACGGGGAAAGCUGAAAGCGAAAUUCGAAAUGCUGGAGUCGUAUAUGUUGAAGGAGGUUGUUAUGUACGAGACGAGGUAAACUAUUUGUCCCUGUGAGUGGAAACGAUGUAGAAUGGUACAAAAGAUAUUCUUAUUAGCUUAUCCCUAUAAUUGCAGGAGCUAGUCUCCAUUCGAGAGGAGGUAAAAGAUUUAUAUCUGAGAGUGGAAACGAUGGAGAACGCUACACAAGCCUCGGUGCAGAGAACCGGCAUUCUCCUUGCCGAUACGUAUUCCAAUUCCUUAGUGACUAACAAAAUUAGUGAGGAUAUUUACAAACGAGUGUCUGAGGAGAUACUAAUUUUGAGGGCCAUUUAUUCAAGUCAAAAGGAACAGUUUCGCGAACUGGAAUCUUCUGUCAAAGACAUGAACGCUAGAGUAAACCGUCAAUGUAUUAAUCUUACGCUAGCAACCGAGGGUACGAGUGACAAGCUUCGUGGUGUACCUACAAAUGUAAAUGGUAUGGAAGCAAGCUGUGAGAGAAGCAUUCGUGAUAUGUUAGACGAUGUACAUAGAAAUGUAAGCAAUGUUGUUAUACACGGUGAGGAAAAAGUUAAUGAGGCUAUAAAUGAGAUGACAAAAAAACAUAAUGACUUGCAAAUUACAUUACAAAAUUAUUUUAAAACAUAUGAAAAAAAGAUAAAUGCAAAACUGGCUGUCAAAUUUGACAAUAUUAGCGAACGUUUAAAUGACAGGCUGUCAUUGGUAAUUAAUCAAACAUUCAUCAAAAUAAAUAAACUCAUUGCAGCGAAUCCACUAAAUGGCAGUGGCAUAUAUAAUAUACCGGAUAUAAUUUGCAAAAACAACAUAUCUGACAACACACAAACCUUAAAUUGUAGUGGAACAGUUAGAAAUUUGAGAAAUGGAUAUUAUUUCUCCCCGUGUCACCCAAAUAUUCGUUUAGCCAAGGCCUCAUUAUAUGACUCAACCGGCGUCCAGGGUCGGCUCGAGGUCUUCAAAACCGUUUGGGGCACCGUUUGCGAUGAUAGCUUUGAAAUUAACAAACAAGGUGUAAAUAAAAGAACGUUAACAAACAACGUUAACGUGGUGUGUAGAACCUUUGGGUUUGAACACUGUAAAGGCCUAACUGACGGAGAAAUGGCUCCGGGGAAUGGCCGGAUCUUGAUGGACAACGUGGAGUGCAGUGGUGGGGAGAAAAGUUUUAUUGACUGUAGUCACCCUGGAUGGGGAGUUACUAAUUGUGUCCAUGGCGAAGAUGUGGGUUUUCAAAUGUGGAAUUGAUGAAAAUUCUCGUCUUGGGGAUCAGCUGAGACUGUUCCAUUGAGAAAGAGACUUCAGAGUUGUGGUUUGAAAUAUUAGAGUUAAUUCGCUUUUUCAAUUAGAUUAUUUUAAAGAUUUGACACGGAAUAAUUGUAUACGUGUUGUCAAAACAUUGUGUUUUUCUCUAUCUAAUCCGUUUUUUGGUGAUAUUCUGUUCUUAUCUGGUUACAACAUUUUAGCCACGUAAUUUGUACCAAGGUUUUUAAAUGAGUAAAGAGGAUAAAAUGUAAAAAAGCUUGUGUUCAAUGGCAGUUCGGAUAAGGUCGAAAAGAAGAAUUGUUUCCCGCUACCUUUCAGCA